AUGGUGGCGACUGGAGUACCGGCCGCACGAGGAGGAUCCCGAGUACAUGUCACAAUCCUCGCCACAGCAGACCGUCCACCGAUCACGUCGCCUGCUGCCGCAGGAACACAUAACCCAUCAGGUCAUGCCUCUGGUGGAAGCGCAGAAUCAUCCAGACCAAGCACCUCAAGUGCUGUAAGGCCGGAGGCGCAUGGCUUGUAUUCUGGAGCAGCCUCGUCGGCCAGGCCCGUAGGAGAGGCCGGUACAGCAGAGUCGGCCUCGCGAACUACAUCGAGGCCUCUCGGGGUACAUAGCAUCUUGAACCCCACGGUGGAAUCCGAGCCGCUAGGAAAUUCUUCCAAUAUCAGGACGAAUCCUUCUCCGGCCAGGAGUGUGGCACCGAGCCUGGUUCCUGCUCCCAGUCUUUCUCCUCGUGGCCGAAAGCGUAUUGAACCAAGAUCGCCGCCACGAGAGCACGAUCAACCGCUAUCCACGGGGACGAGAAGACGAGUGCUCACGCCAAAGUCACCAUCUGUUCGUGCUGCGAGCCUAGGUCCAAGGAGGAACCCGGCUCUACCUUCGAGUCUGCAGCCCGUGGAGCCAGGCACAGGGCUGGGCGGACGGACUUACACGGCAGAGCCUGGGCUAUAUCGGACCUCAGAAAUACCGCCUCUCCCGCCGCUCUCUAUGGCGGCCGCUCAAAAUCUCCCCAGUCUUGCCCCUUUGGGCGCCGCUGGCCAGCUUGUCACUUCAGCUUCACAUGUCUCUCAAAGUCCAGUUCGUGGGAUAGAGUCUUUGCAUGCACAUUAUCCCAGCGAUAUCUCUUCGGUAUCACAAGCAUCCUACGGCAAGGUGGAGCAGGUGUCACCUGUUUAUCGUUAUGGCGUUAACCGGGCGCCAUCGCAACCUCCUCCUGGCCUCCGAGCGUUACCGGCCGGGGUAACAAGUGGAUUCCAUGCUCAUGGCCCUCAUGAUGGUUACCAAUCGGCACAGCCUUCAUAUCAAAUGACGUUGGACACUGACCAGGGCCCAAUGGUGGUUCCUGUGCAGUUAGAUCUACAGCAAGCAUCUAAAGUUGCAGAUGAGAAGAGAAAACGCAAUGCAGGGGCAUCAGCCCGGUUUCGAGCACGAAGAAAGGAGAAGGAAAAGGAGGCUUCUCAAACCAUUGCCGGUCUACAACAAGAACUCAACGACAUGACGGAAGAGCGGGAUUUCUAUCUUUCUGAACGCAACUAUUUUCGUGAGCUUGUAAGAGGGCGUGUAUCUCCACGGCUGUUACAACGACCUCCGUCACCCCAGCACCGAAGACGUGCAGCAGGUUCCACGGCCGGACCUAGCCAACAUAACGUGGACGAUACUUACCGGGACGUUUCGGACUCGGGCAGUACAGCGCAAAGGCGUCGCACUGGUGAUUACCAGCCGACCUUCUUGGGGCAACGACAGACUCACUCACCUUCGACAUCUUCUUCAGGGAUGGGCUUUUCAAUGGAACCUACUCUGCCCCUACCUCCUCCUUCCGGCGGACCAGGCUCUUAUGGCCCACCCAGAUCGAUGCCAACUGGACCUCCAGCUCCUCCCGGCGCACAGUCUUAUGAUCCCUUCCGGAAAGAUCCGUUCGAUCGCACUUGGCACCGGUGA